UAGGCAGACAGACUCUCACCGGAAGCUCCAGGUAGAGCGGAGCCACAGCCCAAGACCGGCGGCAGACAGAAAGCCAAGGUGAGCAAGAACUGAACGAACAGGAUUUGCUCUUAUGCUUUAAUAACGGUUCCCCGAAAAAAAAAACUGUGCCAACGAUGGCUUUAACUCAAGAAACCAUUAUUACUUACUUGCUGAAACGGGACGGCAAAGCAAAGAACUCCGAGUUUCUGAGUGAGUUCAAAGGUCCUUUAAACUGCACCGAUCUCGCGGAAAAGAAACAGAACAGGGAUCUCUUCAAGACUUUCGUGAACAACGUCGCCGUAGUUAAAGAAAUAGAUGGCGAAAAGCAUAUCGUCCUUAAGAAAAGAUAUUCGCAUUUGUUGAAAGAGAUCCCGACGUUAACGGAUCAAAGAACAGAGUUUGGGGAAAGUUCAGACGCCUCACCUGACGCUCCCGCGGAACUGAGUGGACCGUGUGAUGGCGAAGGAAACGAAAGCUCUAAUCUGGCGAAACAGAAAGAGAACUCAAAUCUCGAUAAUAGCAACGCGUCACCUCUCGCAGACACUGAUUGCGGUGAUAGUAACAGCGAUAGUAACAGCGACAAAGAACCGUCGCCCGUGGAACGGGCAUUGCAAAGAAGCAGAGAUAUGGAUUCAGUCAGGCUGCACACAGGGACGCAAAAUGUUAGUAGCAUACAGUCAUGUAAAGUACUCCAAGUCAAUAGCUUGAAAGACAAUGAGGCGAAACCCUCCGUUUCACGAGCUGGGCGUACUGAUGGGACAGCUAAGUCGGGAGCCACUGCGCCCCAAAAGCCUUACAUGUUGCCCUUGAGAAUGCCACCACCAGAACGCAAGGUCAUCGCCGAUGUCCCCGAGCCGGGCGCUAAGGACAAGCCCCCGGGGACCGUCAACCACGGCCGAGAGCUUGACAGGUCCCCCAGGACCAAGAGGAGGCCGUUCGAGGAGCUCCAGCCCCCGGGUUCGCCGCACCCGAGGCGGUGUCAGAAGAGCGCCAAGCCCGCCGAGGAGGCCAAGUAUUCCGCGACGGUCCCGCUGGAGUCCAGGGAGCACGAGUGGCUGGUGAAGUCCGCCGCGGGGCACUGGAGCCAGGUGCACGGCCUCCUGCUCCGGGACGCCGAGCUCGCGCUGAAGAAGGACUUCAUGUCGGGCUUCACCGCCCUCCACUGGGCGGCGAAGGGCGGCCACUGCGAGAUGGUGCGCACCAUCGUCGAGCUGUGCCGGCGCGGCCGCGCCGACUUCGACGUCGACGCCCGGAGCCACGGCGGGUACACGGCGCUGCACGUCGCCGCCAUCCACGACCGGCGGGCGGCGAUCGUCCUGCUCGCCCGCGACUUCGGCGCCGACGUGCACGUGCGGGACAACGGCGGCAAGAAGGCCCGCCACUACCUGCGGGGGGACGCGCCGGACGAGGUGAGGGAGCUGCUGGGCGAGCCGCGGGCCGAGCCGCGGGAGCGCGCGCACGAGAGGGACGGCGGGGACGAGCACCUCGCCGACGUUUCGAGGGGCCUCGGCACGAUCGGCAGGCUGUUCCAGCCGCACGCCGCCGGGCCGAGGAGGAGGCACAGGCAGCGGCCGGGCUUCCUGUCCGUGACCUGCGAGGACGUGGAGGACGAGGGCGAGGAGAGCCCGCCGAGGAACAGAAGCUUCUCGGACCUUUUCAAGCACGGCGGGCUGGCGCCGCACUGAAGGUGCCAAGGGUUCGCCGUCGAAUACUACUCUCACCCUGCAAGUGUGUUGUCAAAUGAAAUGGGAGUUCAGUGUUAAAUCAACUCUACGAGAGUACAUAUGGUCACUAUUGGACUCAUGCAGAUACCCUGUUAGAGCCAAAUUCAUGUUCAGCGCAAAAAUGCUCAGUGUUAAAUCAACUCUAUCAGAGUACAUAUAGUCCCUGUUAUGUCCCACACUCUCAGAAAUAAAGGUACACCACGGUACAAAUUCUGUGCAAGUACAAAACUGUACCUCUGAAGGUACUGGUGACAAGCGAUUGUACCUUUCUAGGUACUGAAUGGUACCUUUUUUACUGAGAGCGUAUGUUAGAGUUGAAUUAACACGGGAUAUUUUACUAUGUGGUGGACACAUAAUUAGAUGGUUGUGGGAUCUUUAUAACAAUAUGUUUUCAUAAUAUGAAAGUGGGCUAUAUGUCUGUCCUCUUGAAUGAAACAAAUCAUUCUUAUUAUUAGUUCAGGUUUUUGGCAUUAUGUAGCAAUGUAGCAUUUGUAAGAAUUAUAAUAACAGUGCAUGUGGAUUAUAAUGUACAAAAACACACACUGUUUUAAUUAUUGAUAAGAGCGUGGGGCGGAGUACCUUAUAGCCUACUGUGACUCACUUUAUGAAAACAUAUCAAAAUAUUGAUACGAGUGAGUGCAGUGAAAAUAUGUGCAGUCCGUCUGAAUUACUCCAGUAUUUUACUGUUUGUGCCUUCAGACCUAAUCCAUGCAUUGAAUCAGUGUAUUACCAUAUUAUAAUUUUUAUUACUUUGAAACAUGAGUAAUGAAAUAAAUUAAUUGUUUUUCUUGUCUGUAACUGUUUUUUUUCUUAAUUGAAGCGGGUGCAGGGCUGUUCAGUUUGUUUUUGUGUAAGUGUGCAUGCCUCUCUGUAUCUUGUUUAAACAGAUAUCGCUUGUAGUGUUGCCAAAAUACACAGAACACAGUUUCUGUCGGGAAUGUUUGCCAAGAAAACAGUUAUGAUGUAUAACGUGUAAUCAAGAAAAAAAAAAGAAAAAAAAAAAAAAGCUGUUCUUUGGUCCUGGAGUCCUCAGGUCAAUACGACAUGAGUUAUGGUCUUGGCCUGCUAUAGAUAGAAUCGGUUAUUCAAAAAUAACACUUUGCACAUAUUUAUUAAUAUGCGGGCGCAGUUUUUAACACAUCUCUGAGAGACGAGGG